AAAGUCGGUAGGUCCCGGCUGGUAGGCGUGGGAACAACGCGAGAACAAUUCGGUCAAUUCAGAUUCAGAAACCAGCUUGAAGCCUCAGCAACUUCAACGUUAACCACCAUGGUAGCACCCCGGGGAGCACGCACUUUCAUGCGCAAUUGGUUUGCCAUCGAGGCAAUUCCUAUCUACGCCGUUAUUGGUUUGGCCGUUGGUGGUGCAGGCUGGUAUUUAACCCGCCUUGCUCGUGGUCCUACGGUCGUUUGGACGAAGAGUAACCCAACUCCCUGGAACGAUGUCAAACAAGAUGAAAACACCAAAAUAUUGGAUGUCAACUCGAGGUUUGCAAAGAGCUGGUCGAGGGAAAAACUAUAACUUUAGCUCGCGCUGGAGGAGUGCUAUACCUUUCUUUCGGUCGUGCUCGUUGUCAUAUUACAGUUUCAAUUAUAUUCCUGGAUAUGUUUUCCUCUAUUCAUGACAGUUCCAUGUGACCAUGU